AUGCCGGACCAAACACGACUAUCUUCAUCCGAAUUUUCACCAGACCAAGGGAAAGCGAAAUUCUAUGGUCGUUUUAAAAGUCAGCCAUGGUGGAAUAAGACUCUCUCAGGGAAAUUUCCCAAGAAAUCUAUGCACUGGAGCCAAGGUUGGCCGUGGGGGUAUUUCAUCUACCGGACAGCAUACAGUUCCGACGAGGACUGGAACCAGGCCCUUGCCAAACUCAAUCGCUAUAUUUACUGCACCAUAAGAUACAAGGAUAAUCCUGAACCAGCUGAGAUUGUCUGGGAGGGCUAUAAAAAUGUUAUCGUUGAUGAUAAAAAACUAUUAGAGGGUGCUCCACCUACCAAAGUCCGGCAACUAUUUCAUGACUGGAUAAAACAUCAUCUACAGCACAAUCAUUGCAGUAUAUCACGGUCAGCCUUUUGCUUGAUGAUUGAUAAUCAUGCUCUUCAGUCUAUAUUAGCGAGUCCGGAGCCUUCUCUUGAAACUGGAAAUUGGAUUACUGAGAAAAAUGGAUACGUGGUCUUGAUUGAUCGCUACUUUCCUGAUAGGGGGUUUAGACAUGAGCCUUAUAAUGUGGAUUGGGUUCUGAAGUUUGAGUGUCGAUAUCCUGCUAUUGGAAAGCCUGGUUUGAUUCCAUAUUUUGAUGGUGAGUGGAAUUGGGUGGACGAUGUGAAUAGGCGGAAGGUGACAGAUAUUGAUUCUUCAGGUGAUGUGGAAGAGGAGGAGGACUAUGAUGACGUAGAAAGUGACUAUGGUUACCAUGAUAUUUAUCAAUAUCUAAGGGAGGGGGCAUAUUUGAAUCUGAACUUAUUCAACGUGCAGUAUGCUUGUUCUCUCUGA